ACGUGCUAACUGCCUCUGUAAAUUUUAACUGUAUUUUUAGUGUGUGAAUGAAUCGUCAAUGUAACUUGAUAGUGAGAUAAUAAUGCACAGAAGGAUAUUGUCAAGGUUUGCAUCUCGUAAGAAAACUCACAGUGGCUGCUAAUGCGUCGUCUUUUCCGCGAGUGUCCGCUGCGGACGAUGCAUUCUGCCGCGAAGAUGAAACUACGCAUUGUUUAAUUAAUUAAUUAAAAUUAGUGGCAAUUUAUCAAGUGUAAGUGAAUAAUAUAAAUUGAAGUUUUGUUUCGGAUUAAGUUAAAUUUUAAAGUUGUGGUCCCGGAAACAUGCGUAUACGCAUCCACAGAUGACGUCGCUUCCUGUGACGUAAUAAGGAUUAAAAAAAGCAUUAGAAAACCUGGAAAAUGUCCGUUGCAAACUCUUGCCAGCUGUUAACGCUAUUUAUUGGCAUAACUGAAGUAUGCUACAGCAGCCGCCCAGUUGGCCAGUGCAGCUACUGCUGCCCAGCAGACGGCACUGUCGACAUACAGUACAAACUGUUCACUAGAGCAAAUCCACGCAUCUUCCAAGUGCUUCAGCCAGGAACAGCGGCGGACCUUCAGCGGUCAACGUUCGACUUCACGCGACCUACAGUCAUAUACCUGAUGGGCUUCUCAGAGUCCACCACUGGGCCUAGCACUACCACUUUGAGAGACACCUAUUUAACAGCAGGUGACUACAACUUCAUCGCAGUGGACUGGUCAAGACUGAUAGCGUUUCCUUGGUACAUAACAGCGGUGCGGAACACCCAUUACAUGGGGAUGCAUCUGGCCAACUUCGUCGAGUUCCUCCAAAGGGCCGGAGUCCCGGCAUCCUCGCUGCACGUCAUAGGGUUCUCCCUAGGGGCUGAGGCCGCGGGAUUCGCUGGAAAGGACCUCAGGGCCAGAGGGAUCCGCUUGGGCAGGAUUACAGGCCUGGACCCCGCGUACCCAGGCUACAGGUUUACCAACCGCGACGGGCACCUGUCAAAAGGGGAUGCAUUAUUCGUGGACGUCAUCCACUCCAACCCUGGCAUCCUGGGGUUCCCUCAACCACUGGGUGACGUGGACUUCUACGCCAAUCCUGGCAGCUGGAUCCAGCCUGGCUGCUGGGUGAACCAGCUAAUCCGGAAUAAUCAAUUGAGGUACAUUUAUGGUUGCAGCCAUAAUCGCGCCUGGCGACUCUACGCGGAGUCGAUCCUCAACCCCACUGGUUUCCCAGCAACAUUGUGCAGGUCUUGGAGAAGAGACACAGAUGAAUGCUCGUCAUCAGUCGAUGGUUACCUGGGGUUUGCUGCACGGCCCCCGAUGGCUGGGAAAAUGUUCGUGGAGACAAACGAGAGACCGCCAUUUGCAAGGAAUGUGCCAACUUCGUCGUGGUGUGAUGUAAGGUGCUAGUAAAGUUUUAGUGGUGAUAUUUAGUGGUAAUUUCAAGAUGGUUGUGAAAGAUAACUUAUAAGAACUGUAAGGAAUAAGCCUGAAGCACAAUUUUUGUUAGACUCGCAUAGAAAAUAUUAAAUGAGCACUCAGAUACAUUAGAAAGAUUGUAGAAUUCUACAUUUUUCAGUUUUACUGAUCGAUUUCAUCUAAAAAAGGGUCUUCACUGUUUUACAUGAUAGAAUAAGUCAAGGGUCAAGUCACAAAAUUUUUCGUGAUAUA